AUGGUACAAACGUCCGAGGGGAGAAAUGGCACUACGAGUAAAGACCAGCAGUCAUCAAGGGUACAAGCUUCCGAGGGGAGAAGUGGUACUACGAGAAACGGCCCUGUAAUUAUAUACUGGACAAAAGUAUUUGAAAGGCAAGUUAAGGCCGGGGAUAAAUACACAUGGCCGUAUUUCUAUACCGGCGAUUUGUGCCCGGUGAAAUGUACCCUAACUACGGAUCACUCCAUGAUCGACGAAGCAUCGGCAAUUGUAAUCCACGCCAGAAAUAUCGACGAAAUGCCGCCGCAGGAUAAAAUACGGCGUAAAAAUAUUCGUUGGAUUCUGCACUCAAACGAGAGUCCCAAAUUCACGUCUGUGCUAAGUAGCGCAAAAAUUAUGGCAAAAUUUAACUUCUAUUUGAGUUAUCGCCUUGAUUCGGAUUUUACGUUGUCAUUGUUCCCUAAGCCAUUGCUUGAACCGCUUCCGGUGCCUUUUAAGAAGAAGCGACAGACCUUAGCAGCAGCUUUAUAUAGCCACUGCGAGGCCGUUCGAACUGAAUACUUGAUAGAACUUAUGCAGGAAAUAGAAAUUGACUCGUACGGUAGCUGUUUACACAACACUGACCGACCAGAAUAUCUCGCGCCACGCGACAAUCAACGCUUCUCAAAGUUAUCCAACCCUUUAAUAAACCUUUACAGAACCUACAAAUUCACGAUAGUUUUCAUGAAUUCAGACUGUGAUUAUUUCGUCGACGAGAAACUGUUUUAUGCCCUAAGCGCUGGAAGUGUACCGGUCUUUAUGGGCACUGCUAAAAUUCGUGAAUUUUUACCGGGCAAUUUGAGGGACUCUAUCAUAGAAGUUCGCAAUUUUAAAACGCCAAAAGCCCUGGCUGCUUAUCUGACAAGACUAGCUACAGAUGAAAAGGCUUAUAACAAGUUUUUAAAGUGGAAAUAUCAGGGAUUUAAGUUUCCCGAAAGUUACGCGAAUUCAAGCAUUGGCCAGGUGUGGGAUAAUAGACUACCCAUGUUUUGUCGGAUUUGUCAGCGUCUCGCGUCUGGGGAUCUGGGACGGACUGGACUUCCGGUUGAAACUUGUGAACGAAAGAAUUUCAGUGAUUGGGUUGAACAUUAA